AUGAAUUUUGAGGACUCUUACGAGUGUUCGCUUUCAUCACCUUCAUCCUCAUCAUACAGUACAGAUUUCUUUAGCUCAGAAACAGAUUGUACUUCAUCAUCAUCGUCAUCGUCACUAACACAAUUAGGGUUACAUAAGAAAAUGUCAGGAAGAAAGAAGUUUAAAGAAACUAGACAUCCAAUUUACAGAGGAGUAAGAGCACGGAAAAAUGAUAAAUGGGUCUGCAAAGUUAGAGAACCAAAUAGCAAAUCUAGAAUUUGGCUUGGAACCCAUUCAAGUGCUGAAAUUGCUGCCAGAGCUCAUGAUGUUGCUGCAAUAGCUCUGCGAGGAAAAUCGGCUCCGUUAAAUUUCGAAGACUCAUUGUGGUUGUUACCUCGUGCUAAGUCAUCAUCUGCUAAAAAUAUCCAGUUGACUGCUGCCGAAGCCGUCCGUGCAUUUCCAUUCCCUAAUUCUAAGAAACCUUCUUCCACGGUUGAAAUAGCAGAAGAAGUUUCAGCGACGUUUUUCGAUGUAGAAGCGUUGUAUUACAUGCCAGCUCUGAUUGCCAGCAUGGCUGAAGGGAUGUUGCUUGAUCCACCACAAGAGGGUUACUAUUACGAUGACAACGUGGGGAGCGACGUGGACAGCAGUUUAUGGAGUGACUACUAA